CUUGAAAUUGGAGAAGAACAAUUUGAUAUUAGUUUUGGAAAGUUUGAUGAAAAAAGUAAAAAAGAACAGAAAGAAGCAAUUGUAAAAUCAUUAGAUUGUGGUCGAAUUACAAGAGAAGUAUAUUGA